UAUAGAGCUCAAUUCAGCCAAAAAAAAUCACCAUUAACCAAAGUAUGUCAGCUAAAGGCAGAUCCAGACUUAAAAGAUCUACCAUUACAUUCCCAUAUGGUUAGCAGCAUCUCAGAUCUCUGAACCAAAAAUGCAUCAUGCCAUGAACAAUGUGAAAGUAAACGGUUGUACAAAUAAUAUGAGACCAGCCGCCAUAAACUAUACGAGUAGAUCUCAGAUCUCUAGAAAGAAAGGAAAAAAUUGGAUGCCAGCUUAUGAAUGCGAAGCUCUAGCUCGUUCCUAUGUUUAAGACCCGUUUGAGCAGAAGCCGAAGAAGAUCAGCUUAUCAUCUGCAUAUAAACAUCUGCGACGACUACACUCUGUCCCAGCUACGCGGCUACGCCACAUCUCCUCUCCUCCCUGUAACGUGCACCCUAAGCCUGUGCGAGCAGCGCUGCCAGCCAUGGCCAGAGCUGCGUUGCUCCUCCCUGUUGCUCUGCUGCUGUGCCUUGCCCUGGUGGGCAGCGCCGGCGCGGCGAGGAAGAUGGUUGGCGUCUACGAGCUCAAGAACAAGAAGGGGGAUUUCUCCAUCAAGGUCACCAACUGGGGAGCCACCCUCAUGUCUGUCAUCGUUCCGGACUCCAAAGGGAACCUGGCCGAUGUCGUCCUUGGUUAUGACACCAUUGCUGAGUAUGUGAACGGCUCUUCAUACUUCGGGGCGCUGGUCGGCCGUGUGGCCAACAGGGUCGCCAAGGGCCGCUUCGUGCUCGACGGGAAGGCCUACCACCUGUACAUCAACGACGGCAAGAACGCAAUGCACGGUGGCCACAGGGGUUUCAGCAAGGUCAUCUGGACGGUGGAGGAGUACGUGCCUGACUGCGACUCCCCUUACAUCACCUUCUACUACCACAGCUUCGACGGAGAGCAAGGAUUCCCGGGCGACCUGGACGUGUACGUGACGUACCAGCUGUCCAGCCCCUACGAGCUGAGCCUGCGCAUGAACGCGACGGCACUGAGCAAGGCGACGCCGGUGAACCUGGUGAACCACGCGUACUGGAACCUGGGUGGCCACGGCAGCGGCGACGUCCUGGGCCACCUCGUCCAGGUGCUCGCGUCGCAGUACACGCCCGUGGACCAGUCCAUGAUCCCCACGGGCGAGAUCGCCGGCGUCGCCGGCACGCCCUACGACCUGCGGCGGCCGACCCCCCUGGGCUCGAGGGUCGGCCUCGUCUCCGGCGGCGGCGCGGCCGGCUACGACGUCAACUACGCGGUGGACGGGCAGGGGUUCGCGCCGGUGGCGCGCGUCAGGGACCCGGCGUCCGGGCGGGCGAUGGAGCUGUGGGCGGACCAGCCCGGCGUGCAGCUCUACACCAGCAACUGGCUCAAGGACGAGAAGGGCAAGGCCGGGAAGGUGUACCAGAAGCAUGGCGCGCUGUGCCUGGAGACGCAGGCGUUCCCCGACGCCGUGAACCACCACAACUUCCCGUCGGCGAUCGUCAGGCCCGGCGGGGUGUACCGCCACGACAUGCUCUUCAAAUUCUCCUCCUGGUAACUAGGAGUCCGUGUGACACCAGCGGGAAGUAGUGCGCUGUAGCAAUAAGGCCGAUCAGCGUGCCAAAAUGCCAGUGAUGUACACAAGAGAGAGAUGUGUGGCUCAUGGUAGCUAGCAGUGCUUGAUGUGUAACAAAGAAACUAAACGUGCGUGAACAAUCUUGUGCUAAAUUUCUUUUUCUGUGUUGCGUUCGAUAGUAGCUAUUGUUAUUCACAACAAAGGUUUUCAUGAUC